AUGGUGGAUACAGUUGAGCCUCAACCCCAGACGGGAGGUGGAGAGGGUACCGCAGCAGAAACCAAAGCGUCCGUAGAUGCUCAAGAUGUUAAACAAGUGGAAACCCCAGAGGCUCAAACUGAAAACAAACCAGAAGAACCAAAACAGGAGGCAAAAGUUGAUGAGAUAUCUGAAAACAAGCCAGUUGAUGAUCCUGUGAAAGAAAUACCUGUCGAAGCUACACCGAGCAAUGGUGCCGUUGCUGUGGAGACUAGCGAAGAAAACAAAGGAAAUAGUGAUUGGCAACAAAGAGAACAGGCACUUCUUCAGAAAAUAGAAGAGUUGGAGACGUUUAAGAAUGCAAGGUCAGAAGAUGGUCUUAAAUUGGAAUUGAAGGUCCGUGAAGAAGAAAUAGAUCUUCUCAAAGCAAGAGUUAGAAACCUGGAGACAGAGUUGCAGGCGGCUCUAUCUAAGCCUACUGGCAAGAAUCAUGAGAUGAUCGAGAACAUUAAACAGCAACAUGAAGAGUUACUUAGUAAGGCACGGGGCAUGAUCUUCGAUAAAACAAAGAUGGUGAAGAACCAGGAGCUGCAGAUCGAAGCGCUGACGACGCAGGUCCAGUCUCUCAAGGAUAUUAAUCUCAUCACCAAAGACCUGCUCGAAAUUAGGAACUCUGAAGUUAAAGCUAUGGAGGACCGGCUGCAGGCAAUGGAAGCUAGAUUCAAAGCGGAGAAGGACAGAUACGGAUUGGUGUUAGAGCGCGCUAACACCAGCACAACUCUUAAUCAGGAUCUGAAAAAGGAGUACGAAACCCAACUCGCCAUAUUUAAGGAAUUAAGACAAAAGUACGAACAGAGAGUCCAAGCUCUAGUAGCCGAGAACAACAGGCUCAAGGAAACGGCACAAGGUGGAACGUCUACGUAA